GUUACACACCACCGUUGGUUCAUUCAUUCAUUCAUUCAUUCGUUCGAUCAAUCAAUCAAUCGAGAUCUGUAACACCGGCGAAUAGACGAAUAACAAUAUCGCCGGAUUGUAGGUUAUGGCCCAUCGCGGCGGAAGCUUCCGGCGUCUUGUGGAGCUUGCAUUUUGCAUCACCGGCAUUUGGUCCGCUUAUAUCUAUCAAGGCGUUCUUCAAGAGACCGUGUCUACUAAAAGAUUCGGCCCUAACAAGGAAAGAUUUGAACAUUUGGCAUUCUUAAAUCUAGCACAAAGUGCUGUUUGUUUACAAUGGUCAUUCAUAAUGAUAAAGCUUUGGGGUCGUAGGGGCGGUCAUGCUCCUUGGUGGAGUUAUUGGAGUGCCGGAAUUACAAAUACAAUUGGGCCCGCUAUGGGAAUUGAAGCCCUAAAAUAUAUCAGUUAUCCCGCUCAGGUCUUGGCAAAAUCCUCAAAAAUGAUUACAGUGAUGAUAAUGGGGACAUUUGUUUAUGGAAUUAGAUACUCUUUUCAUGAGUAUCUUUGCAGCCUCCUUGUUGCUGGUGGGGUCUCCAUCUUUGCAUUGGCAAAGACUAGCUCUAAGACCAUAAACAAACUGGCCAAUCCAAACGCGCCGUUUGGAUAUGGACUUUGUUUUCUAAACUUGGUGUUUGAUGGCUUCACAAAUGCUACACAAGAUUCAAUCUCUGCAAGGUACCCGAAAACAAAUGCAUGGAAUAUGAUGUUAGGAAUGAACUUAUGGGGUACAGUUUACAAUUUAAUUUUCAUGUUUGGGUAUCCACAAGCUAGUGGAUACCAAGCAAUUCAAUUCUGCAAGACCAACCCCGAAGCCGCUUGGGAUAUUUUAUACUACUGCUUAUGUGGCGCGAUCGGUCAAAAUUUUAUAUUCUUUACGAUCAGCCGAUUCGGGUCGUUAACUAACACGACAAUCACAACCACCCGGAAAUUCGUUAGCAUUGUGGUUUCAUCGUUGCUUAGCGGCAAUCCUUUGUCUAGAAAGCAAUGGGGGAGUGUUGCUAUGGUGUUUACUGGAUUGUCUUAUCAAAUUUAUCUUAAAAGGAUGAAAAAAGCUAAAAUAAUUAAAAAGAAAAAGAAAUUUUUUUGAUGGAAAAUUGAUUUCUUAAGUGGUUUUGGAGGUGUCUAGUUUUGUAAUUUUUGGAUUAGUGGUUCCUUAAGUUCUACUAUAGAGAAAAAAGUUGUAUUUAUUUGACACAUUUUUUUAAUAUUUUUUUAGAGUGAUUUACUUGUUUUUUUUUUAAUUUGUUUAUUAGUCAAUUGUAAUAGAAAUACUUGAAAACUAUUUUAGUUUGCAAUGAUGGAUGAUUUUGGUAA